AUGGCCUCUCACUGUGUGGUCACAGUCCAGCCCCAGUUUUGGACUGCCCUGCCGGUAGGCCAGUGGCAGACAGGGAUGAUGGACUGCUGCUCCGACUGCAGCGUGUGUCUUUGCGGAACCUUCUGCUUCUUCUGCCUCUCCUGCCAGGUGGCUGGGGACAUGAAUGAGUGCUGCUUGUGUGGCUCCAGCGUGGCCAUGAGGACACUCUAGCGCACCAGAUACAACAUCCCGGGCUCCAUUCUGGCUGACUACCUGUCCACUGUGUGCCUCCCCAUGUGCUCACCCUGCCAGCUGAAAAGAGACAUCAAUUGGAGGAAGGAGCAGGGCAUAUUCUGGUAA